UGGCCGGAGCCCGGGCAGAGCGUUCUAGCAGUGUCACUGCGUGGGUUGGCGUGUUGUUCAUAGUACACCUGCUGCCAGUCCUGUCCGUCCCAGGAGUACCUGCUGCCCUCACCGUCGAGCUGCCAUGGAGGUGCAGAAGGAGGCUCAACGCAUCAUGACCCUGUCGGUGUGGAAGAUGUACCAUUCACGCAUGCAGCGUGGUGGCCUGCGCCUUCAUCGGAGUCUGCAGCUGUCGCUGGUCAUGCGCAGCGCCCGGGAGCUCUACCUCUCGGCCAAGGUGGAAGCCCAGGAGCCCGAGGUGUCCUCGCCUCCUGCCAAGUCCCCGGACCCCCGCCUGCACCCGCCGCGGGAGGUGGAAACCCCUGCCGAAGUAGCGCCCCCCGACGGAGAGCAGCCUUCCCCGGAGCCCAUGGACACGCAGGAGGAGGCAUCGGGAGCCCAGGAGACCUCUGCCCGCGGUGCCCGGCCUCUCGCCAAAGUAAGCCGCAAGCGGCGGAGCAGCAGCCUAAGCGACGGCGGAGACUCCGGUUUGGUCCCGAGUAAGAAAGCCCGUCUGGAAGAAGAGGAGGAAGAGGGCGCGUCGUCGGAGGUUCCUGCCCGCCUCCUACCCGCUCCCGCACAAGCCGAGGGCGCCUUCCCCAACCUGGCCCGCGUGCUACAGAGGCGCUUCUCCGGCCUGCUGAACUGCAGCCCCGCCGCGCCCCCGACGGCGCCCCCAGCGUGCGAGGCCCCGCCGGCCUGCCGCCCCGCGGACAGCAUGCUGAACGUGCUCGUGCGGGCCGUGGUGGCCUUUUGAGGACCCCAGCGGCGCUACCGGAGCCCAGAGCGCGCGCCGAACCGUCGGCUCGAGUGCGCAGACCCUUGGCGACGUCCCCCUGGGGAUCGCCGGCGGGAACCGUGGAGAAGAGCCGCCGCCCGGGCUGCUGAGAGGCUCGGAAGGGACUCUGCCCCGGGGGAGCCGUCGCCCUCGUGAGCUGCGGCGGCUCCAAGGAGCCGGCGGCGCGGGCGCCUUCUGCCGCGACCUGCGGCGCCCACAGGUGCUUUCUCUCUGGACAGAGACGCGGACCUGCCCCUCCGGCUGGAGCAGGGAGUCUCCUCAGGUCGGACUUCACUUUUCACGGGGCCGCGCUGCCCUCCGGGGUUUCCAGCAGCCGGUGUGCGCGCCGCCAAGCGCAGAGGACCCCGGCACUCCCUGACCCCCUCCACGACAUACUUGUGCAAGCGGUCAUCGUUGCGUCACGGGGCAGGCGUGGGGAGCUUCCUGCUGCUGCGUGGGCUGUGGGUCCGCCUUGGGGCGCGGGAGGAGCGCGGCCUGAGUCACUCGCCCCCGCGUGCUGCUGCUGCGGAGCGCCUCGCAGCCGAACUCUUUGGAUUGAAAAUUUUUCUCUUCUGGUGCGUUAGGAGGUGGCGAGUGUGGUCCCAGUCCCAAACGUGACCCACGGACACCAUCCCCCCAGAGCGAAUGCCGGGUCUGAACCUCGGAAGCGGAGUGGGGGAGGCGGCGUCCAAAGUGCGCUCCUGCUGAGCCGGGAGCCGCCGCUGGCCGGACUGGGCCCGCCGGGGGAGGGCGGGAACUCUCCAGGGCUUUUGUAGGGUGUUUACCUUUCCUGUGACGAAUUCUGAAUUCCCCAUCCACCUGGCGUUUUGAUAGAAAUGUCAGGGAAUAAAGACAAUUUGAGUAAA